AUGCCUGAAAUAAACUUCAACUCUUUGAAGGAUAAAGCACUUGAUGUGGACCCUGAUUUGAGAUUUAUGGCAUUAGAAGACUUUAAGAAAUAUCUAAAUGAACCUACAACGGCAGCUUCAACUAAAAGUAUUGAGAGCUUCAUACCAUUAUUGUUCAGAUUACUAAAGGAUACUAAUGCUAAUGUUCAGAGUCAAGCUGUGAAAUCAUUUGCCCCGGUCAUAAGAUUUAUAUCUUCAGAAAGCAUUCUUAAAUUAUUGAAUCAGUUAUAUGAAGAAAUAUUAAAAGAAAAUACAGCAGGCCAUAAAGACUAUAAGAAAAUUACUACAUCAAUCCCAAAUAUGACAUUGAGAUCAAUUUUUAAUUCAAAUUCGAAGUUUUCUAAUAGACUUUCAAGAGAUAUUGUGGAUUCAUUCGUUCCAAAAUUGAUUGACAACACAAUCACGAUAGAUUCUAUUGAACUCUUAAUUGAUUUGAUAAAGAACCUAGGGUUUGUCUUAACAAAUGAAGAAAUCGCCAACCUUUUGCAUACUACAAUGACUAUAGCAUUCGAAGAAGAAAACAUUAUUGGUAAAAGAUCUGUUAUUGCAUUUGAUCUUUUAUUGAACUAUCUUGAUAGCAGUGAACCAUCGUGCAAUAUUUUGAAUGAGUUAAUUAACCAAAUAUCUUUGAAAUUUAACUCAUUGGCUAUAAGUUUACAUUCGAUCAACUUGAGAUUAUCUUUAUUUUCAGUAAUUUUGAAAUCAAUGAAAAGUUAUGAUGAUUAUGAUGGCUCAAUACUUUUUGGGACAACUAUUAAGCAUAUUUUUCAAGUUGCUGUUACUUAUAUGAAGAUGGACGAUUUGGAUACAGAGUUGGAUGUUGAGGAUUAUGACUUUGAUUUAAUGAUUCAAGAAAACUUGAUUAGGGAGAAUGCUUUGAAUACUAUAAACGAUCUUGUCAAUGCCUUACCACUCGAGUUAUUUGAAGGUUAUUUGAAUGAUACUAUUAAAUUGAUUCAAACAUUUAUUGGCUAUGAUCCUCUCAAUUUCGAGAAUGAUAACGAUGAAAUAGAUUUAGACGAAGAUUCAGAAAUUGAAUUUUCGGACGAUGAGGAUGAUAUCAACAAUAACGAUGAUUACGAAAAUGAUUGCUCGUGGAAAUUAAGAAAUAAAUCUGCUAUUUUGACUAGAACCAUUACAAGUAGGUAUCCAACUACCUUGCCAUUAAUUUACUCGGAAUUAAUUCCCUGCAUGACUGAUGCAAUGAACGACAGGAAUGACAUCGUUUCAAACGAUAGUAUUAAAACCUUAAUUACAAUAAUUAAUUGCACAUCUGUUGACAAUGAAAUUACUUCCAGUUCUAGAAAACUAGGAAGAAGUGGUUCUGAUGUUAGUAUGACUAUCGAAAGCAGUCCAAUAUACCAGCUCUUUACAGGCGUGACGCCUAUUUUGGAGAAUAAGAUUUUCAACAAUUUGCUUGUGAGCAAAAAGAUUAAUAGAUUUCCAAUAUUUCUAAAAUUAAUUGAAACUUUGAUAACUGUGAAUUACCAACUAUCGACGGAUUUUUUGAAUGAAAUCUUUAAUGCAAUCAAGACAUUAAAUUUGAAUACUAGCGGAAAUAUGGAAUAUUUAAGUUUGUACAAAACAAUCUUUCUUAACAAUGAAAUAGGUGAAGUUUCAAAUGAUUUUGUUAAUUAUAUUUUGUCAGACUUAUCUAAGUCAAUUGAUAAUAAGACAUCGUAUCACAAUAUUAUUAUGGAAAGUCUUAAUAUAUCGAUAAUUAUAUUUCAAAAUUUUAAAAGAAUUGAUAAAUUGAAUGCUUUUGAAUCACAAAUCCACAAAUUAUUCAAUUCGAUUAUUAAGAUAUGCCACGAUAAACAGUAUUCGAGUGAAUUAAGACAGAAGUCAAUUUCUGCUCUAUCAGAAUUGAAUGCCAAUAUUGAAAUAAGUGAAGAUAGUUUCAUCAAAACGACUAAUAUUUUGAAAGAAAGUUUGAAUUAUGAAGUCACAGUUAAAGUAACUAUUGAGAGCUUGGUUAAUAUUUUCAAUAAGAAGUGUAAGAAUUUUUGGAGAUAUUUGAAAGAGGCUGAUUUCGUUAAUUUCUUGAUUGCAAAAUUAAUUGCAUUCAUUUCAUCAACUGAUGAUUCGCUUUAUUAUAUAUCAUUGAAGCUAUUGGAUAUAAUCACCAAGAUCCAACAUAUAGAUAAUUUGGAGGAUGACCAAGCUAAUAAGUUAUUGUCACUUUUAGUAGGCUUUAGUGAAUCUACCACAGAUUAUACUCAGCUUUAUUUGCUAUUUAACAUUAUGGGUAGAAUUUUACCAAACUGCGACACUAACGACAAAUUCCUCCAAGGUCUAAUCAAAAUAAUGAAUGAGAAACUUACUGAUGUUGACGAUUUUGAUUUAACGAGUUUUGAAUUCUUGAUUCAACAAUUGUCAAGAAAAUUAUGCAAAGAGAAUUUGAGUGAAAUUUUUAUGACAAAUCUUAAUUUGAAAUUAUUUAUCAGUGCCAAAACAUUAUCGAUCAUAGCCCUUGAAAAUAAUUUACAGGAUAAGAUAGACGAGGAAGAAGUCGAGUUGAAUAAUUACAUUGAUAAUGACAUUUCUAUAUCUAAUGAUAAACUAUUAUUUGAUAUUCAAUUUUUAGGAAGUAUUGGCUCACAGAAAGAAUUAAGGUUGAUUAAAUUAGCCAGCUUCUUACGGUUAUUGAAGAACCCGAAUGAAUCUAUAAGAUUGGCCUCAUCAAGAUCCAUAGGAUUGCUCAUUAUUAAGGACAUAAACAAGGACUUGCCAUUAUUAUUAGAUAGCUAUGAGAAAAAUGAGGAUGAGAGAGACUUAAAUCUAAUUUCGAUGAAGCAGUUACUCAAGAAUGAUGAUUUAAAUAACUCUGUCCUAUUAGAGAUUUGGGAUAGAAUAUGGGAUACUAUCAGUCGGUAUAAUGAAAAGAUCAUUAGUAGUACUUCGGAGUUAAGAUUAUCUGGGGAUGUAUUAUCUAGAAUGUGCUUGUUAAAUAAUAACUACAUAAGCAAACUAAUUGAUAAGGUUGAUUCGGUUUCCAACGAAUCAACCAUUUAUACAAUUAUUGUUAUUUUGAAGCAAUUAAUGCAUAAGCUUGAAAACAAUAAUGAUAUAUUAUCUACAUUGCUCCUCCACAAUUUGAAAUUCUUAACGCUCUCCAAUAUUGAAAUCAAGCAAGCACUCAUUGGGACAUUGCUCACCGGCUUGCAUAAUAAACCCGAACUUUUGUUGCCCAACUUACCUAAUAGGGUGUUACCGUUGGUUUAUGACGAAUUGAGUGCCAAAGAUGAAUUUAAAAAAAUUAUCCCCAUGGGGCCUUACAAGUAUGUAAUCGAUGAGGGGUUGGAAAUAAGAAAAUUAUGCUACGAGCUAUUGUAUACUAUAAUAUUGUUCGAAGAUUCUCUCCUCAAAGCAAACAAUAUCAAUAUUUACGACAUUGGGGUCAACAUAGUAAAUAAGGGCUUAACUGAUUCUGAGACUGACAUUGUCAUAUUGUCUUCGAUAAACUUGGUCAAUUUGGUAAACAAAGAUUUCCAUUUUUUGAUUUACAAUAACGAAUUGCUUCCAAAGUUGAUUGAUGUACUCAAACUCAAUUUGAAUAAAAAGUUGAAGUCCAAAGCUAGCACCCAGGAGACAGAGAACUUUGAAGAGAGUCUACGCUCCGUAGUCAAAUUGUCUAAGGUAAUUAACAACUCACUAGUUAUCAAUAACUACAACAAUAAUGACUGGAACUUGUUCUACGCGGAGAUGAAGACAAACUUUAUUCUUACCUUUAACUCCGUAGACAUUUGA